GUCAGCUCUACUACGUCAUUUGUAUUGGUUCAACACAAGAAAACAUGGCGGAGUUGAUAAAAAAAAUUAUGACAAAGAAAGUUAAUAUUAGAGGUGAAUUUGCAUUUUCUUUUAAUCAAACCUAGGCAGUGAUAUAUUCGACAUUAUAGUGGACCCUUAUAUCGAUUUUGGACGACGAAAUGGGAGCUAAACAAAGCACACCACCUCGCCAAAGAACAUACUCGAAUAGUGGGCAGAUAGGGGCAUCUGCUGGGGGCUCAGCAAAUGGCAAUGGGGGGUAUGGAACCCCUGGGCCCAGUACCAGUAGUAUGGGAUUACAAAUGAAUUCACGAGGCCGUGCAAGAAGCCUUGGAUCAGUACAGAAUGGCCAUGGCCAACCAUUGACAAUACCCUCAACUAAUGGAACUCAUGGAACUGGCACCCUAGAUUCUGAUUCUAGCACACCAGAGGACCCCCUCCCUUUGCCAUUUAGCCGUGCAGGUCUCAGUGGGUUGAUGCAGGCACAUUCGCUCCCUGUUCAGUUAUUUUCAUUACACGGAAUAAAAUGUCCUGUGUGUUCCAAACUAGUCCCGCCUGAUGAUGUAGAAUGCCACCUUGUUAUGUGCCUAACAAAACCCAGGAUAAACUAUAAUGAGGAUGUCCUGACAGAGGAUAAGGGAGAGUGUGUAAUAUGCUUAGAAGAUCUUGUACAAGGAGACACCAUAGCCAGGCUGCCAUGUUUAUGUAUAUAUCACAAAACGUGUAUAGAUGACUGGUUCGUAGUGAACAGAUCCUGUCCAGAGCACCCAUUAGAUUGACCCCAUCAUAUAAACCCUGAAUACACAAUCCUUUGCCAAAUAAAUUAUUGUUAUUAUUGAUAUUAUGGGAUGGAUGCCAUAGAAGUGGAUGUAUUUUUCUAAUGUAUGGAAACUGAUAGUCAUGCGAAUGGAGCACAGUUUGGAUGACACAUAUGUAUUUAUACUGUUUCAACAGAAAUGCUGAAUAGUUAUGUGAUGUAUGGUCACAGAGUGGAAAUGAAACAGCAUGUCACCAAGUUAAUGCAUAGCCAAAGAAUGAGGAUUAUAUGGUAAAGGUAUCAACUAUAUAGGCUCAGAAUAUUUACGUCAGUGCAGUUAUUGUAAGUAAUCUAACCAUAUUCCAGUAUUUAUGUAAACACAAGGAAUGAUAAAGGGCAAUAUCCAAAAGUAAGGCAUCAUAAUGUCAUUCCAAAGUGUACAAUAAGUGAUUAAAUGGUAUCAUUACGACAUACCAGAGUCUAGAAUAUGUGAUUAGUAGUAUCAUUACGACAUACCAGAGUCUAGAAUAUGUGAUGGUAUCAUUACGACAUACCAGAGUCUAGAAUAUGUGAUUAAAUGGUAUCAUUACGACAUACCAGAGUCUAGAAUAUGUGAUUAAAUGGU